AUGGCGUCGUCGCGCUCCAGCAGGAGCCACAGCUUCAGCAGCGACAAGACUCCCUCUCUUGCGAGCUCCGUCACCUUCCAGAUGCCCACGACAGUGCGGCCCGCACCUGCCUACAUAGCUGCAUCCGUGGCCUCGCAGACAGUCACCGACCAUCACAACGCCCAGUUGCGCGACCACGACGCCGAUACGGACGAGCUGCAAAAUGCCAUCUUUUCCGAACAGGCAUUGGCCCUCCUCAAUGCUUUCCUCGAUCACCUGCUGUUCGCAUUCCUCUCAUCUGCGCGAUCACCGUCUCUGGCUGCCAUUCGACCUGCCGUGUCCGAUGUGCUUAAGCCGCGACUGGCCCGCGAUGCCAUCGAGGCAGCGGAUGAAGAACUCCAGGGGCUGUUGGCAGGGGAGGACGACGAGGAGCUCUCCACGGAGCAUGCCAAGGCUGUAGACAGGUGGGACGUGGAGAAGGUAUGGAAGCGCACCCGCCUGCGCAUCAUGGUCUACACGCGCCUGGGCGAGCUCGAGGACGAAGACGAGGAGCGUUAUGUCCAGCAGGAGCGCGGCCUCAGCAUGGACGAAGACGAAGACGAAGAGGCUGGUCUCGUCGCGUGGGCGUCUGCCAUCUUCCUCACCUCGGUCAUUGAGUACGUUGCUGAGCAGUCGCUGCUUGUCGCGGGCUCGGCCGCCUUUGCGCGCAUGGCCGCGAGGAUGAAGAAGCUGGCGCAACAAACCGACGACACCGAACAACAGCCCAUUGAGCGUCUAAUCAUUGAAGAGCCCGACGUGGAGAAGAUUGCCCUCAACUCGGCCCUGGGUAGGCUCUGGAGAACGUGGAGGAAACGCGUGCGAUCCCCCAUAUCGCCCACCUCACCCGGCCGAGGCGUCUAUGCCGCCUCAAGCUACUCGAGCCUACACCACCGCAAAGCCAGUCGCGAGACCAUCAACACCCUGCACAGCGAGCAUGAGACUCUACCCGAGCACCCCCCUACCGAGACCGAGAUUGCCGCCAAUAUACCCCUCCCGAUAGGCGACAACGACGUCAACGAGAUCGAGGUCCCCGGGCUAGCGCAGACAUAUGAAGACGAGGUCGAGCGCUCGGGCACGCAGACACCUGUGCAGCGACCUCAGCGACCAUCCAGUGUCAUUGUGCUGUCUCCUGCAGAAUAUUCCAAUAAGAGCACCAGGGCCCGUCCCAUGUCAAUGCCUCUGCGUCCGGCGCCACUCUUCACUGCGCCCACGCACUUCACCGAUGGAGAGUCUACGCACUCUACUGAACAAGGAGCCUCCUCACAGGAAACAGGCGAGACGACAUCACAGGAAAUAGAGGAAGCCACAUCACAAGACAAUGCUUCCCAGCAACACGACUCGGAGGGAGAGUCGCCUGAGCCAGAUGCCUCGAUGGUGGCCUUUGCAGCGGCUACUGGUAUGGGCUUCCGGAGGAGCGCCGUUGGACCCUCACAGACCAAGGAGAGCCAAGCUGAGGAGGCCACCAACGAGCCACAGGUAAUGCGGUCCAAGAGGAUGUCAAUCGAACGACCCGGCCCUCCUGGACUGGUGCCAACACCCAAAGCCCCUAUCAGCUCUGAAGGACGAUCCUACCUCGACGACGAUGUAUCCGACGAGGAGCCAGAACAGCACCGAGUUAUUGGCAUUGCGCGAACUUCAGACAAUGUUAUACGGUCAGCGUCUUCUUCUCCGGGAGAUUCGCCUCAUGAAAGAAGCAGGAGGCCAGGUAGUGGAGGAUACGUAGAAGUGCCGCCUCGAAACUUCACACCGACGCCGCUUACGUAUCGUAAUACUCCUUCGCCUGACGGAAGACCUACAGUACCAGAGCGUUCUGUGGCACGUAAAGAAGCCAACAGAAGGUCCUUCACUGGCGGGGACUUUGUCGAUGGUCCCACCAGCGCACCCAGGAGACAAGACGCGCCUCGUUCAAUGUCGCGUGGAUCGUCACAACUGCCAGCGCUGCAGGAAGUUGAGAGCAACACUACACAGCAUCGAGGGAAGACUCCUUCUGUUCACACGAGCCGUAGCGUGCGUACCUUGGACAGCCCCAGGCGUAGCCCUACCUCUGCGACUGAUACCCCGGAGCGACGACCGAAGCGCAUGUCCGUGGACGAUCCAACGCGUCCGGUCGACAAGUCUUCUUCGGAUAACUCUUCGCUGAAGCGUGGUGCAUCGACCUCUUCUUCUCUUCGCAGACAGGGUGCUUAUCCCGUCACAUCAAGCGGAAGAGAUUCGGGUGCCAGCCACCGUUCGCAUGGUCUGAGUGCCAGUGGUCUGAGUGGUCGUAUGUCUGAGGAAGAUCGUGCUCGCGAGUUCGACUCUCUGGUCAAGGGGCAGGAUACGGUAAAGUUCACGUUGACUCCUCAAAGCGUGCGAGAUGCUGAUGAGUCACCCGUUUUGAACAACGCGGAACCACGCAGGCCGUCCGCAUCGUCUGUAACUGUGUAUCCCCGCGCCAACGCCGAAGACAAAUCCUUCGGGACUGCAAACCUGCCCAACACCACAGCACCUAGAGCAAAGGGGCCUACCACCGCCCAGCACAAGCCCUCACCUAGUCGCAAGGUGGUCACCAGACCACUAGCAAGGGAUCCUAAGAUCGAGUCUGAGUCUAUACGUGACUUUGCUGACUUUAUUCGGUCGACUGGUCCUUCCCCCGGACAAGAGAAGCCUGUGCAACCCUUUGUCAACAUCAGCGGAAAUGGCCAAAAGUCGGGCAACCAGUCGACUUCUUCUCUCGGACGCAAGAUGUCUAUUUCGAGGCAGUCUGGUAGCGCCAACGGGUCAGCUACGCGCGCGCGCCCGAACAUGGAGCCCCGCAGCCCAGCAGGUUUGAGCACCGGUAACGGCGACCUGAUCGAUUUCAUCCGUCAAGGUCCACCAGACGCGAAUCACGGUCAGCCUAGGAUACCGCGAAACGUCGCGCCCUUCCGCACAACCGUUGAUUCAGAUCAGUUCGAGACGAUGCUAGGUGGACAUGGCAACGUCGAGUCAGCGUAUGGCUCUGCAGCCUCGACGCUCGAAUCAAAGGAUAGCACCCAAACAAUCAAUUCACGGACUGGGCUCAUUCCAAGUCCCAGCGUCGUCCAACCAGCUUACUCCAACGCGCCUCAACAACUCACGGGUAGCUUGGCCGGCGGUUCAGAUACAAAUGCAGAGCCGCACAUAACACGGACGCGACGACGUGUCAAGGACCCCUAUGCCAUUGACCUGUCUGACGAAGAGGAUGAUGAUGAGGACGAAGACGAAGACGAAGACGGAGACCAACUCACUGCGCUUCCUACGCCUACUGGUACUCACCAACAACUACAUCAACACCAACAACAACAAAACGUACUGCCAAGUCGUCAACCAGCAAACCCACAACGACAAGAGAGUCUAAUGGAUUUCCUAAACGACAUGGAUCCCCCCAGUGGAGGCGGUGCUGCCAACAGUAAACCCCAACCGUUUUUGCUUAGCGAGGAAACGAUUGCUGCUGCGAGGGCAAGGGCGAAUGCGAAUAAAACUGCGAGCAGUAAUCCGAGUCUGUCAUCUGGUGCGACACCUGCGUUCGGCUCCAUCUCCUCGUCUCAUACUGCUGCUAAACCGAGACUACAAGCCAGAGCCCCUGCUGUCGCCGGUGAUAUUAGAGGUGGUGGAGGUUCGAGGACUGCUACGAGCGAUUUGGCGGAUUUCUUGAAGAACUCAGGUCCACCAGAGGAGCUGAUGAGGCCGAAGAAGGAGGAGGUGGUGCCGGAGAAGAAGAAGAGGUUUUGGAGUAGGAACAAGGACAGGGGGAAGACAUAUGGGGAUUUGCCUUGA